UAUAUAGGCACUCGACAGGCAGCCGCGCUCAGCAGUCAGGUGCAUGACUGGUCUAUCCCCUUGACUGAUGCCCUGCACACAUAUAUAUUGAUGCCCUUCAAGAUCUGACAAGUUACCAUCGAUAGUUCAGGGCCGCCACCAUGAGUGUGGAGGGGUGGAAAGCUGUGAGGGAGCAGGUGGAGUUAAUAGCAACGGAGGUGGUGAAGCAGCAACGCACAAGGGAUGUGAUCUACGGUCUCCACCAGAAGGGGCUGCUUACUGAGGCUCAAGUGGCCCAGCUGAAGAGUUUGAACACAAAGACGGAGCAAGUGAGGCGACUGGUGUAUGAGUUGGUGACGGCCAGCUGUAUUGGUGGCGAUGACGGCAGCAGUGGCAGGAACUUGAGUGUCUUCCUGGAGAUUCUGGAGGAGCAGGGGAUGGGCAAGCUGGUGAGGCACCUGGACCCCAGUGGCGCACACUCCCCCCUCGGCCCUGGUGAAGACAUCUGUACCUUCCCAAACCUGAAGUUCACUCCCUACCACCACCAGCAGCCCCAGGAGUGGACAGGGGGGGCAGAGGGCACAAACUUUCCCUUCGACCAGCUACCAACCCUCCCUAAACCAGGCCAGGACAUCACUAACAACAACAGAAACAACAACGGACUCACUGCCAACAACAAUGAAGAUGAAACAACGGAUAUAACUGACACCACUACCAUUGGUGCUGCCCUCCCAGACACCCCUACCAUCACUGCUACCCUCCCAGACACCCCUACGUCCCUUCCUCCAUCACCCAGAGGCCCCCUGGAAAUCCACGUUGUCCCCUCGCGAGAGAUUGGCGGCAAGCAGUACAGACCAAACGAGGUCUACAAGAAUGAGUCCGAGCCCCGCGGCCUUGUCUUCCUGGCCAACUAUAAGGAUUUCAAUGACCAGCAGCAUGAAACUCGGGGAGGGUCAGAGAUUGACGUAAAGAAUCUCAUGCUCCUCUUCGCCCAGAUGGGCUACAGGACAUCCACACACAUCAACAUGACCAAAUGGGAAACCAUACAGGAGCUAAGGAAAUUCCGUAGCUCGGAGGAGCUUGAGAGAGUGGACUCCUGCGUUGUGGUGUUCAUGAGCCAUGGCCGAGAUGACACCUCCUUCUUCACCUCCGAUAACCAGCACCUUACCGUACAUAACAUCGUUGAGGACUUCAAUAACCGGCAUUGUCCGACCCUCAAGGGAAAGCCUAAGAUAUUCAUUUUUCAGUUCUGCAGGGGCACUGGACCUGACAUUGGGGUUGAUGCUGCCCCGCGCCUGGUGGCCAACUCUGGACUGAAUGCAGAGACAGACUCUUCCAGUUUUGGGGAGGUGCUGAGGGACCCAACCUUCACUGACAUGUACAUUGUCUACUCAACUGUCAGAGGUUUUGUGUCGUUCCGUCACCCCGAACGUGGCUCCUGGCUGGUCGAGGCCAUCUGUGAGGUGUUCAUGAAGGAUGCCUGCAACACAGAGCUAGAGACCCUCAUGAAGAAGGUUUCCAGGCGCGUCCGUAUGAACUUCAGCCAGGAAGGGAACAAACAGGCUUGUGAGUUUGUCCAGAGAGCAUUUGAUCGCCACUUCUUCUUCAACCCACGGAACCUGAAAAAUAUGGCAUCUCUCAAUCUCAGAUCACUGGGUGAGGCGCUACCACAAUUCCCACACAGAGCCCGCCGAAGGAAUCCUCUUGUUUCUACCCGCCCACUUACCCCAGAAUCUGUGGGGCAUGGUGGGGCACGAAGCAGGCACUCUAGUGGUGGAAGCACCUGCUCUGAGAAGUUGUCAGAAAAUUUGGACGUGCUGGACCACACCCAGCCUGACACCCAGGCCAUCCACCCCCGCAUCAGGAGCCUCAGUGCCUCUAAUCGGAGGUUGUCAGUGCCCGAGCCAGCUGCCCUGAUCUCCAGCAUGACCCAUGGCCACAGCUUCAAUGAACUAAACUCUGAAGGUACCUCACCUGAUCCAUCUGAGGCUGGGGAGCUGAGAGAGUUUGGUGGCUGGGCCAGCACUGAGAGGCUGUCACCAUCACCAUGGGAGGGCCCGCAGAGGUGGGGAAGCAAUAACUUCAUGGGCGGAGCGUGUGGGGGUGGGUCUUCUGAGCGUUUUCCUGACACCAUAAUGAAGGAGGAAUCCCCCAAGGAGCCACUGCAGCAGAGCUUUCCACUGGUACACUCCCAGUCAGCACUAGAGACCAACCGUGCCUCAGAGCUGGGGGGACUCCUAGGGGAAGGGACAGAGGAGAAGACUGGCGAGAUGAUGCGAAGCUCCUUCAAGAGGCAGCUGUCGGUGCCAAGCAACAAGGAAACUCUUCAGAAGGUUAAUGAUGUGCGCCGCUACCUCGAGAUUCAUGACUCGGACUCAAACCUGAUCCAGCCACUGCAGCGCAUCGAGAGCUUCAUCAACAAGAAAAAGAAUGAGGGCAAGCGCAGGAGAAAAGGGGAGGAUGCCAGUAGUCUAGAGUAUUAACAGUAGUGGUUUUAGGGUGAAAAUAUGAUCUUAGACUCUUCCUCAUCUGAUAUUUCUGUCAUUAAACUUUCAGUCAUCAAGAAAAAUCUAAAGCAUGACUACAGUACAUUCAUUGUUGCUGUGAUUCACAGAUAAUGUUGGCCAGUGAUGUUGAUGAGGAUAAGUUUAUUGCAUUGGUUGUGUUUGCCAAUUUGUACAUGCAAUUCCAGUUAGCAUUCAUAAGUGAAGAAAAAACUCUGAGGUAAAAAAUACAUCAAAAUGAAGAAUGUUUGCAGUUCUUUAUUUUGAAAGGCUAGUUUUUGUAUCCCAACUCAUUUUUUAAGAGUGAUUUUAUUUUCUUCCUUGAGUUCUCACUGGAGUGGUGAGUACAGAUUGGUAAACAUACCAUGAGUAGUUAGACACAGUGGUGACAUAAGGUGUGCUUCAGGAACCUAACUUGGUGCUCUUGUUAUCAGGUGACUUGCCAAAGCCACCGGCACCUGCCACUCCCUCAGGCUGGGCCCUCGGGUGGAUGGCUGGGGUGCUUUUUUUUUAGUAUUGUUUUAGGUACAGCAGAUAUUAUUGACAGGAGGGAACAGAUGUUAGAGUUAGUUUUUUAAUAUUUUAGGUAGUGGUAGUUUUAGAAAGUGGCAAUAGAUUUUUUUAGUAAUGUUUUAGGUACAGCAGAUAUUAUUGACAGGAGGGAACAGAUGUUAGAGUUAGUUUUUUAAUAUUUUAGGUAGUGGUAGUUUUAGAGGCAAUAGAUUUUUUUAGUAAUGUUUUAGGUACAGCAGAUAUUAUUGACAGGAGGGAACAGAUGUUAGAGUUAGUUUUUUAAUAUUUUAGGUAGUGGUAGUUUUAGAAAGUGGCAAUAGAUUUUUUUAGUAAUGUUUUAGGUACAGCAGAUAUUAUUGACAGGAGGGAACAGGUGUUAGUUAGUUUUUUAAUAUUUUAGGUAGUGGUAGUUUUAGAAAGUGGCAAUAGAUUUUUUUAGUAAUGUUUUAGGUACAGCAGAUAUUAUUGACAGAAGGGAACAGGUGUUAGCUUUAGCAGUAGUUUUUUUUUCAUAAUUUAUAGACUUAGUGUUCUUACAAUGAAUUUUAAGAAACAGUAACUUAUUUUAGAAAGUUAAAAAAGAAUGCUUUACAAAGACAAUUUUGCAUCUCUAAUAGUGAUGAUUUGAGAGAACUUUAUGAUAUUGUUAAUGCCUCUUUGUGCCUUUUCAAGUUUUACUACAUGUACGUACGGCCUCAUCACAUCAGCGUGUUUCUAGUGCAAGCAUAUCUUCAAGUUGGUCUUCAGUUAAAUAAUUUUUGCUACCAAAUUGUUCAGUAGUGACAAAAUGGAAGUUGAAAAUAUUUAGCUGAAACAGCCAAACAGAAAUGCACUCAUGUGGUGCCUCCUUAACUUACAAUUUUUUUGUGUAAUCUCCUACCAAGUAAAGUACAAAAGUUAGCUGCCCACACACACACUGUUGGCCAGAAUGUGUUCACCACCGAAAGACACCAGUAUCUCAAAAGGUACAAAUAUGUUGUGAGUCCUACGUUAUUCUUUUUGUUUAUUUACUUACUUUUUUAAACAGCAAGAGGGAAGGAAAACAUAAAGCAAUAGUGAUGACAUUUAGCCACCUCACUGUUAGAUAUUACUGUGAUGGCUGCCACUGAUAUUUUAGAGCUAGCAGCCCUCUUGUGCAAUAUUUUACAGUAGCUGGAGUCCCUUACUGUGCCCUUGCUGUGUUGUCAUGCUCACCCUCACAGCAUGGGUUAGUACUUCACCUUAGCUCCAAGCUGAACUAAAGUAUUUAGCUGGUUUGGUGUAUUGUAACAAGAUCUCUUUUUGUAUAUCAGAGUAAUUAAUGAGUUAUUUUAGUAGAGUUUUGUGAUGCAUUUGUAAUAGAUUUAAGACAUAGUAUUCUCAACUUAUACAAUAUAUUCAUUAAUAUUCAAUUACA